UACAGUAGUUGUUGCUGGGGGCUGGGCCACGCAUGAAUGAUCGAUAGUAAGUCAAUGAGGAAGUAAUAGUUAGUUGUCGUAAAUGAGAGGCAGAGAACGAUCAUCGAUCACUUAUCAGUCCGCAAGUACUUUUUAAAAGUACCGAUAUCGUACUCGAUACUCUAUGAUGUUUUGUAGUCUCAGAAGGCUUUAGUAGCGUCACGGUACCCGAUAUACCCGUAAAACCAUGUUGUCCCGGUGUGUGCGUUGUGAAGUUAUUGCCCUGUCGCUGGUAGCGUUGAUCUUGGCCAUAGCAUUGUACCCUCUGUCGCAAUGGGAUGAGGAUAUAGCCUGGAGCACUCGGAUAGACGCCAGGCUACUGGACCAUGUCAUGCCACGGCCUUCCUUCAACCUAUGCUACCUACUUGCCAUCCUAUUGGGCACCCAUAGGCCAGAGGCCAGUCGCUAUAUCAUGUCCUGGGUUGCUGCAGCGGUGGACAUCAGCUACGUGAGCAGUGGAGACCACACCGUGGCCGGUGUUCCUGUCCGCUUGUAUCGGCCGGCGCGUGUUGACGAGACGGCCUCGCUGCCCGUACUGGUGUUCUACCACGGCGGUGGUUAUGUCACUGGUACUCUGCGCAACUACGAUGCCUCCUUGGCACGAUGGUGUGAUGAGUCAGGCUUUGCAGUCGUUUCUGUGAAUUACCGCUUGGCUCCGGAACAUAUCUACCCCGCAGCAUUUGAUGACUGCUUGGCUGUGACCAAGUCCAUUCUCGGUGACCCGGCAGUAGCUGCAGAGUUACGUGUCAACUCGUCCUUGGUUAGUGUUGGUGGCGAUAGUGCUGGUGGGUCCUUGGCUGCUGCUAUAUCACUACACAUUGGCAGGACCGAUCUCCCCCGACUGCGGGCUCAGAUCUCAAUUUAUCCAGCGAUCAGGUAUGUGUUUUCGGACCCGAACACCACAUUCUCUUUCUCAGCACCCGGUGGCCUGGACCCAAAGGCUACAUUCCUCUAUCGCAGUUGGUAUUUGGGUGGCGAGGAGGACGCCGAUACUCUCCGUUCCAUGGUCACCAAUCGAUCGCCGGUUCUACUUCCCACCGAAGUUUGGGAGAAUGCCAGCCUUCGUCUCAAUGGAUCAGACGUUGAAUUGAUAACUCCUGAUCCAGAUAAGUACCCGUAUGCUGAAAAAUUCUUGAGCGAGUCACUCUGCCCUAUACUUGCCAGAGACUUGAGCAUGGUGCCACCCACUAUCAUCCUUUUAGCCGGUAUUGAUCCGCUGUAUAGUGAUGGGUUUCUUUAUCAACAGCGCCUGCAGGCUGCCGGUGUUGAAGCGCAACUAGUCGACUACGGCAAGCAAAUUCAUGGAUUCUUCGCGAAUGCUCCCAGCAAUAUGACGGUGAUGGGUGUACGCUUUGUGUAUGGAAAUCAGGAAGCCCGGGAUGCCAUUUCACGCAGUGUGACGUUUGUUCUGGAGCAUUCAGGCUUGAGCUGGGAGCCUACCCCGGUCUCGUGACUCAGACUGCGAACGGCAGCAGCCAUUGAACAGCGUAACUGUACUGAGCUUGCACGCUAACUAAACACCAAGCACCAACGCUGCCCUGCGAAACGCAUAUGCAUGGCGUACGGUGCCUGGGCUGGCAAGUCCGUACGGAUCCAAGGAAGUAUGGUGUUGACACUCGAGGAUCAAGAAAACCAUGGUUUAAAAUAUGCAGAGGCCAUCUAUUUGGCUGGGAAGCAAGUCAUGUACUGAAGUACAAGCAAGUCAUACCAUUUUAUCUAUGGCUGUCCCCAAACUUGAAUUUCUAUCUCUAUUUCUGCUAUUUCAAAAAAAAGUGAAAGUCCAUUUCCACUC